CUUGCAUUCUAGCUAGUUCAGCUGCUUCAUCAACAGAGAGCGAAAGAGAGAGACUGAGGGAGAGAGAGAUGUGGUGCAAUUCCACUUCCAUUUCGCUUUCGUUUCUUCAGACGACCAUCCAACACAGCCAGCUCUCCAAUGGAGUUUUCCCCAAUUCCGUGCAAAUAGCUCCCCACCGCCGCCUCGUCGUCGAAGCCGCCGCCACCACCCGAAGAGAGGACCGAACUGCUCGUCACAUUCGCAUUCGCAAGAAGGUUGAAGGGACACCCGAGAGGCCAAGAUUGUGUGUUUUUCGCUCCAACAAGCACAUCUAUGCUCAAGUAAUUGAUGAUACAAAGAUGCACACUCUUGCUUCAGCCUCAACUAUGCAAAAACCUAUCUUAGAGGAGUUUGACUACAGCUCUGGCCCAACUAUUGAUGUUGCCAAGAGAGUGGGUGAAGCCAUCGCUAAAGCUUGUCUGGAGAAAGGGAUCGAGAAGGUGGCCUUUGACCGGGGUGGUUACCCCUACCAUGGCCGGAUCGAGGCUCUAGCCAAUGCUGCAAGGGAGUAUGGUCUGCAGUUUUGAAGUGGAGAGAGUUAGGUUAUUCAUCAAGUUAAUGUUGUUCUGCAAAUUAAUGUUUGUCAAAUAUUCAUGAAAAUAUCAUUUGGGAUUGUCGGAAACUUGUGUUCAUGUUCUGUAAUUUCUUGUAAGUUGUAACACAUAUAUGAAGAAUCAAUCAUGCGGCUCUCCUUGUUUCGGUUUUA